GCAAAUUGAUGCCCGUGUUCUUUCUUCAGAGCCUGGCUGACAGUGGCUGUCAUCUCAAGCUGGUCUCAACUUUCUUGUUUGUGCGCAUGCAUGCAUUUUGAAUCUUAAGCUCGUAUUCGCGAACGGGGCCAAUGUUUCAGGAGUUCGUUGAAAGAACUCGAGUUGAGCAGCUUCAUGUCGGUCGGUUUCAAAGGCUUCAAGUGGUGACUAGCGUUCGCCUGAGCUCGCAAUGUACAGCUCCCAGGCUGGCUUUAUUUGCCACGCGUCCGCAAUGUCAUGGACUCGUGGUUUUGCGGACCGGGCGCUUUGAGCCCUUGAGCCACAUGCUUGAGUCACAUGCUCAAGGUCUAGCUAGACCUUUGCGCCAUGUGCUGAUGCAUAUGAUACGAAAGAACAUCUCCAUUGAACCUCGGAGAUUGAUCUGUGGAUAUAUUUGCUGCAGCUCAACACAUGAGACGCAAUGUUCGUCUCCGUUUCGCGCGCGAGGCCAAUUUUCAGCUGCAGGGGUCGCAGCUACAACCGCAAUCGUCAUCGCGAUGGCAAUCACAGCUGUAGCGGUGCGCAAUCGAGAAGGUAUUGACUGAGAUCUGGACCUUCAGCUUGCUUUCAAGAGUAUGAAAGCCUUGAAAGCGUGUAUUACUGCGGUUUAAUCAGCAAGAAGACCCUAUGUUACGGAGUUUGAGUGCUGAGCCAUCACAAGAGUUGUCGCUGGAAGCAGAGAUGAAUCAGAUGAUGGCAAGACUCUUGACAAGAUGAGCCUCCCUCACGCCAGCUGUCACCUGAGAAUAUGAG